AUGAAGACUUUAAUCCUGUUAACCUUGGUUGGCUAUGUGCUGGCCUUCAGCUUGGCUCUUCCAUUCAACGAAAAUGCAGAAAAAUCAAUUAACAAUGAAAUGAAUGAAAUUGCCAACGAAUUUCAGGCAGAACAACGUGAAGGGUAAGACAAAAAAAAUGUUACGACACGUAAAAUUAAAACAGUGUAGCUUAAAAAAAAGAACAUGAAUAAGUCAGCAACAUGAGGCCGGGGGUCGCAUACUUUAACAUUUGUUCUAGGAACAAUUUUCUUUAAGUUUCAGGUUUGAGCAUUUCUGAGCUAUCUUUCGGAAAUAACUUCCUUUAAAGGCCGGUUUUGCAUUGUAAAUGUUAAUCACAUAAUUCGUUCAAAUAAGUGAAGAGUACCUUAAAUUCCUACUUCAGCAUUGCAAUCUAUUGAUUUGGUUUUAGUGAUGGAGAACUGACAUACGUGCUAGAUGAAGAUGACGACGGAGAAUUAGAAGAUGAAGAUGAAAACCCGGACGAAGAUACAGACGAUGAAAACGACGAUAAUGAAGACGAUGAAGAUGAAGAAGACGAAGACGAAAAUGCUGUUGACGAAGUGCAAGGAGAAGAUAGUGAUGGCGAAGUUGCGGAGAAUGAAGACGAAGAUGAAAACUCUUUACUCAGUCAAGGAAACGAUUUUUCAGAUCCCGCCCCUAUUCGGUUCCGACGAGUUGCUCGGCGAGUAGUUCGUCGUGUCCGACGACCCGUCCGCCGAGUGAUUCGAAGAGUAACGCGUCGUUUUCGACGUAGACGUGGUGGUCGUCGCGGAGGUAGAGGCCGUCGACGUGGUGGUCGUCGAGGACGUAGAGGUGGUCGACGUGGACGGCGAGGACGAAGAGGACGUAGAGGGCGAAGACGUGGAAGACGUGGAGGUCGUCGCGGUUAAUGGCAAAUAA